AUGGGCGCCGUCUGGUCGGCCCUGCUGGUCGGAGGGGGCCUGGCCGGAGCGAUUUUCGUUUGGCUGCUGCGGGACGCGGGGAAUGAGAGCGACGCGGAGCGGAACGCCCCUCAGGGGGAGGCUGCGGCUCCGGGAAGCGAUCAGGGUGGCGGCGGGGGACCGAGCCCUGUACCUUCCAGGCGGGAUCUGGUCACCAAAGCAGAGCAUCUUCAAGAAAGCAAUGGAUGUUUGGUUUCAGAGACCAAAGGCCAUGGUAACCUGCAGGAAGCAACAUGGAGACAGCAGAGUCCUUCUGGAAAAGACGGUGAUUGUGACAGUUCGAGAGAGCAUGUUCCUUCUGGACAGUUUCCAGACACAGAAUCUCUAGCUACAUCUGGGACUGGUGACUCUAGGGGUUACUCUGCAGUUUCAAGAAAUGAAAGGCUUCAGUCUCCUCUGGCAGAAUGGGGAUUCCAGAAAGGACAAGAGACACUCGCUAAAGCAGCUCCAUGUUUUGCCGAAAAGUUGUAUUCUAGCAACCUGGUCGUUGACAGAGGGAAAGAAGUGAGCCUUGCCGAGUUGAGCAGUCGGGACCGGGCUGACAAUGAGGACUGGGAAAUGGUGUCCAGGCACUCCUCUUGGGGAGAUGUUGGUUUGGGUGGCGGUCUUGAGGCUCCAGGGUUAAGCCCAAACCAGGGAAUGGACUGUGGCAGAAGCACUCGUAUGGAACCAAGAGGUCAGGAAAUGGAUGUGAAACGCAAAAAGGGGGUAGCAAUGUCUUCAGAGUCUCAGCAAGUUAGUAUCAGGUUCCAGGUCCAUUAUGUCACAAGCACUGGUGGGCAAUUCAUUGCAGUAACUGGAGACCAUGAGAGCCUUGGGAGGUGGAACACUUACAUCCCACUCCAGUAUAGCGAGGACGGGUUCUGGUCUCACUCUGUGUCCCUGCCAGCAGACACAGUGGUGGAAUGGAAGUUCGUAGUGGUAGACGAUGGGAAAAUUACCCGCUGGGAAGAAUGCAGCAAUAGGUUCCUGGAGACUGGCCGUGAGGAUAGAGUGGUACAAAAGCGGUGGGGGAUUCAGUGA